AUGCUGCGUCACCGACACCGAGCCCACCAUGGCGCGCAUUUGGUGACCCGGUCUCCCCAUCGUCCCGACCCUGUUCCCCAUCACGAAUCCCCAGACUUUGUCGUCCCCGGCAUUCCUGAUGUCGUGAAAAGAGCGCCCAUGCCGACGUCAGAAUCGGACUCAACCUGUACCUCCGACAACCCUAACAAGUGUGAGAAACCGACCAGUACGGCAUCCACCACCACCUUGCCCGUUGUACUUGGUGCAGUGGUCCCGAUCGUCUGUGCUAUCAUCGUCUUGAUCUACUUGCAUCGGAGGAAUGUGAAGAAACUGCGCAGCGAAGAUGCCAAUGACAAACAUAAAUCCCUCGACUUCGGACUGGACAUGGAGCCAACGUCUGGAAACAAGUCGAUGCGCCAGAUGGAAAAGCCAGCCCAUAUGCAUGGAAAGGGCAUCUCGUUAGACAUCGGCCCGAGCCCCUAUCUUCUUCCCCCCGGACUGCAUGGCUCCCACGAUUCCCUCCAUUCCUUGUCGAGAUCUAUGGUCGGCGAUGGCGACAAAUACCGCCCCGCAGCCUCAUUCUUCGGUGACAACGCUUCUAUUCGCUCGCACCCACGUGGCCUGCAUGAUGAUGCUGCCAGUUUCAGUGGCUCGACCCGAAAGGCUGGUCUUGGUGAUGAUAUGAACCAAGGCCUCCUGCGCAAUGCUCAACGGAUGUCCCGUUCUUCUCCGCCCCUGUACAACAACAGCCCUCCGAACGAGAGCACCAGGCGCGAUCCCAAUGGUCGCUCCACCCCAGCAGAUACGGGUUUCCAGUUGGACUUGCCGAGAAGCCCUAGCCCCGUCCUGAUACCUGGAGCUCCGGCCAUCAUUGAACCAUCCACGAAUACCCAUGCCGGAAAAGAGGAAUCGACCAGUGCUGCGUCAAUGGGGCAUGCCCAUACGACUUCACCUUCCGUGGACCACUCUGGUCCCGCCGACAAGUCGUUUGACGCCCAUACCCCCGCAGAACACCGUCUGGACUUUACGCUUAGCGAUUCAUUGCCUACCCAGCUGGGAGCAGAGCCAACCUCGCAACCUACAUCUGCUCCCCCGCGGAUUUCUCUUCCCCUCAGUGAGGGAAGCGAUUAUGGCGAUAACCGAAAGUCCAUGUUCGUCAUCCCUGAGGUCAAUGUCCACGAAACCGACAAGAGUCACGAGAGUGGCCCAGCUCACCCAGACGUCCCGCCCACGCUGCCGGAAGAGCCUGCUGCAAACACGAACCUGACGGUCGAUCCCCGCCGUAACACUCGCCGGAUGACUCUUGGGCUUCGUCCGCUGCCCCCAGAGGACCCGUCGGACAACCCCGAGCAGCGUGCCAACCGCAUCCGAUCCUUCUACAAGGAGUACUUCGACGAGAGCAAAGCCGGGCGGGAAAGUUACUAUGAGGACUACGGUCCGGAGUUCUAUCCUGACGAGAGCUACGCCUAUGAUCCGGUCACUGGCGAGUACUUUGAUGCCGUCCCCGCCCCAUUCGCCGAGCCGAUCAAUCGCCGUGCGAUGACGCCGCCUCCCCGUGCUCCUCCCCGGUUCCAAGGACCAAGUAUGCACAUGCCUACUGGCUCGAUGGGUGGGAUCAGCGAUCGAUUCCACCCUCCCGGACCGCGCGCCUUCUCUUCGGCUUCAGGCAGAUUGCCCGGUCCUCGUGCUCCGCGUAGACCCGUGCCUCCCCCGGCGCCUUUGCAAAUCCUUCCUACGCCUCACAUGCUCAAGGAUGACGCGAUCAUGUCGGCCAUCGAUUUCGCCCCCGCCGGCACCUUCAAGGACCAACGGGAAGGACGGCCAGAGACCCCCAUGGGCGGCAUGCGACCCUUCAGUCCGGGCCUCCGAGCCCACACGCCUCUCGCCUCGGCGUUCGAUGAUCUUGCCCCCAUUCCCAGCCCACAUGCCCUGCGAAAGUCUGGAACGUACGACAACCUCGACUUUGCGCCUCCGCCUCGCUUCAAGACGGGCGACACGAUGAGCGAUGCGGGUAGCAUCCGUAGCAACCGGACCGGCAUCUCGAACACCCAUCUGAACAACAUCCGCACUGGUGCGUACCGUGUCAGCCGCCUGCCCGCGGAAACCGUGGGCACGAAACAGGACUUGAUGUCCUCUCUUCACCCUAAGUGGGAGAUGCGGCAAUAG